GUGCUGGGAUUAAAAAUGUGUCCCACCACUCUGCUGGAUUAUAGUAUUUUGCCCCCUUUUAAGAGUAGGUCUCACCACGCAGCCCUGGCUGGCCUGGAACCUGCUCAGUGGGGAAGACAUGCAAGGAAUUUGCAUAAGACAGCUGUACAAAAUGGUGCUGGAGGAGCCUUAUUUGUGCAUAGAGAUACUCCUGAGAAUAACCCAGAUACUCCAUUUGAUUUCACACCGGAAAACUAUAAGAGGAUAGAGGCAAUAGUGAAAAACUACCCAGAAGGGCAUAAAGCAGCAGCUGUGCUCCCAGUCCUGGAUCUAGCCCAAAGGCAGAACGGAUGGUUGCCCAUAUCCGCCAUGAACAAGGUGGCAGAAGUUUUACAAGUACCUCCAAUGAGAGUAUAUGAAGUAGCAACUUUUUAUACAAUGUAUAAUCGAAAGCCAGUUGGAAAGUACCAUAUUCAGGUCUGCACUACUAUGAUGAUUUACAUUUUAGGAAUAAAAGUGGGAGAGACUACCCCUGACAAGAUGUUCACACUCAUAGAAGUGGAGUGUUUAGGGGCCUGUGUAAAUGCACCAAUGGUUCAAAUCAAUGACAACUACUAUGAGGAUCUAACACCCAAGGAUAUUGAAGUGAUUAUUGAUGAACUCAGAGCUGGGAAAGUUCCAAAGCCUGGGCCGAGGAGCGGGCGCUUCUGUUGUGAGCCAGCUGGAGGCCUCACCUCUCUGACUGAACCACCCAAAGGACCUGGCUUUGGUGUGCAAGCAGGCCUUUAACUUAUACUCAUCUGUAAACAAUGUCACUGGAGAAAUAAACUAUGGACCUGUUUACACAG